AUGUAUUCCAAUCCGAUGCAACAACAACAACAACCAUCACCAAUGCAACGUCCUCCUACAAUGAUGAAUGCUGCUCCUAUCCCUCAACCUAAUACGGCAAUUGGUGUUCCACCCAUGCGUCCUAUGGUAGCACCAUCACCGUUGCAAGCAUCAAUGAUUCAACAACAACAACAAUCACCUCAAUCACCUAUGAUGGCUCGACCAGUUGGUAGUCCAUAUGGAAUUAAUAAUCGUGCAACACUUUAUGAUAAAAGUAAGCGUCCAGGUUAUCCAACUGAUCUUCGUCCACAACAAAUGAUUCAAGCAGGACAACAACCACCAAUACCAUAUGGAAAUGUUGUAGGUCCAAAUCAAAUUAUGAUGCCUAAUACUGUUGCAACGGGUGGCACUGGUCCGAUUAGACAACAAAAAAAACGUAAACGUUUAACAGAAAAAGUUAUUCAUAAACAAAUACGUUCACUUGUACCGGAAUCUCAAGCUUAUAUUGAAUUAUUACGUCUUGAACAAAAAUUAGAUAGUGUUUUAAUGAGAAAACGACUUGACUUACAAGAAAUACUUAAACGACCACAAAAAAUCAAAAAGAAAUUACGAAUAUUUAUAAGUCAUCAGUAUCCAGUUCGUUUUGAUUCAGAUACAAUGACUAUUGAUGAUGAACAAGUUCAAUAUUGGGAGAUGCGUGUUGAAGGUCGUUUACUUGAUGAUCCUAGUACAAAUAAAUAUGAUCAAGGAAAAACAAAACGUAAAUUUUCAUCUUUUUUUCGUAGUCUUGUUAUUGAAUUAGAUAAAGAUUUAUAUGGACCCGAUAAUCAUCUUGUUGAGUGGCAUCGAACAAAUGCUACAGCUGAAACUGAUGGUUUUCAAGUUCGUCGUGCAGGUGAUCAAAAUGUUAAAUGUACAAUUUUAAUGGUUCUUGAUCAUUCACCACCACAAUUUCGACUUGAUGCUCGUCUUGCUCGUCUACUUUCAAUAAGUAACGGUACACGUCAAACAAUUAUUCAUGCUCUUUGGCAAUAUAUUAAAACACAUAAAUUACAAGAUUCUGAAGAACGAGAAUAUAUUCAUUGUGAUGUACAUCUACAAUCGAUAUUUGAUUGUCCACGUAUUCGUUUUUCUGAUUUACCAAGUAAACUUAAUAAACUUAUUCUUCCAUCAGAACCUAUUAUUAUCAAUCAUACACUUUGUCUUGGUACUGAUCCAAAAAAACAUGCUUGUUAUGAUAUUGAUGUUGAAGUUGAUGAUCCAGUUCGAGAUUCUAUGCGAACUUUUCUUACACCACAAAAUAUUCAUGAAUUAGAAGAAUUAGAUGGGAAAAUUCUUCAAUAUAUUGAUAGUAUAAAUCAAUUAAAACAAACUCGUGAAUUUUAUCUUUCAUUUGCUGAUGAUCCUCAAGGUUUUAUAUGUAAAUGGUUAGCAUCACAAUCUCGUGAUCUUAAAAUGAUAACAGAUUCAUCAAUUGGAAACAAUGAAGAAGAACGAAGAGCUGAUUAUUAUACCGAACAAUGGUCAUAUGAAGCUGUUAGUCGAUAUUUCUAUAAUAAAGUUCAACAAAAACGUGUUGAAUUAGAACAAGCACUUGGUAUUCGUAAUCCAUAA